AUGACUUGGAGGGUUCUGUGUGGCAUCGCCGUGGCGUGGCGUCUUUUCUUGCCUGUCUCCGGUUAUGGCACGACCAUCUCGAUAGGGAUCGUCGAUUGUCCUGCGACAUACACGAGCUCAAGCAGCUCAAGCACCACAAGUGCCACGAGCAGCGCAUCGGCGACGCCAACGAUUACCCCCAGUGAACCAGUCUAUCUCACAUUAUCCUUGGGUGGCUUCCCCGAAUAUCUCACGGCCAAUGGAACAGUCACAAGUGACAUAGAGCAAGCCGCCUCGUUCGCUAUCUCACCAUCUGGGCAAUUGAUAAGUGGGAGCAACUAUGUGUCAACAUCGGGUGGUGUUUCAUCGCAGCCAUUCGCGGCGUCACCCGAGACACCGCUCAUGAAGAGGUUGCCUCGGAUCUUCACGCUGUUCUCCAUAAUAGAGAACGACGUCCUUGUCUGGACAAACGACGCAUUCGUUGGUGGACAGGCAAUCUUCUGCGUCUCUGGCUCAACUCUUGUCGUGGUCUUCAACGCAGUACCGCCACAAGACUGUUUUGUUGUACAAAUCGGUGUUGUCCCUACGGAAAAUUCAAGUCCAUCAACUACUUCUUCGACUACAGUCGUGUCCCAGACAAGCACAAUCAGUUCUUCGACCACGUCCGUGCCCCAGUCAAGUUCAGACAGUACUCUGACCACUGCCGUGUCUGAGACAAGCUCAGACGGCACUUCGACCAUAUCAACAUCGACACUGUCCUCAACAGCUAGUUCAGCGUCAACAUCUGGCAGUGUCGGCCCAGUGUCGACUACUGCCUCUGGUCCAGAUUCGUCUUCUUCGACUUCAGGCACAUCGACCUCAUCUCCCUCGUCGGGCGGUGUGCCCAGCUCAUCAUCAAGCCAUGAGUCUUCCUCGACUCCGGUGACUUCUUCGACAACACUAUCAGCAUAUCCAGCCCCGACAACGACCGGGACACCAAACUGCUUUGACCGCUCACCGUUUGACGGCACCGUCAACAAUGAUUAUCUGAUUUUGUGUGAUACCGACCUUCCUGGCUUCGAUCUCGAUGUAGUCGCAGCAUCUGAUAUCGCCGAGUGCAUUGAUGCAUGCACCUCGUUUGCUCCUGGGUCUCAGGGACCUUGUGUUGCGGUCGAGUUCGAUAUUCUUGCGAGUACGGAUCCGUGCCAUCUCAAGUUCGACAUUGGCACUGUGAGCAGGGGAGCCAAUUCAUUUGCACAAGCUGCGAUCGUCGUCAACAAGCCCGAUGCUCCCAACAUUGUUUUUUCGGAUGAGGGAGUUUCCAGCAGCUCGACAAGUUCGAGCGAGCCGUCGACGGUUAUCUCUACAACCUCUACAACGACAACUGGUGUGUCCACCUUCACAAGUUCGUCCACCACCACUACCCCGGAUGUCAUUCAGUCCUCUACAUCAUCAGCUGUUGCAGGAACAAGCAGCCAAGCGGAACAGACGAGCCAGACGAGCCAGACGAGCCUCAGUUCUAUCCCUGCCAGCUCGUCCGUACCAAACACCACACCGACCAGCCAACAGCAGUCCAGCACGCUGAGCGUGUCGAGCACGUUGAACACCCCAGGAAGUUCUUUCAGUCCUUCUAGCAGCGUAAAUUCUCCAAGCUCUUCACCGGGUUCAAGUUCUCCGACCUCAUCAACCAUCUCUGUCAGUGCCAGUCCUCCAUCGACCUCGCAGCCCAGAACUUCGAGUCCGGCUGCGACGAGUCUGUCAACCUCACGAUCGAGUUUGUCACUUACGACCACAUCAUCGGUGGCUCCCUCGCCGAGUAGCAGCGCAAGCACCACUGUCACUCUUGCAUCCACAACUGCAGUGUCCUAUUGCUCUACAACUCCCACGACGACCAAUCUGUGCACGUACAAUCAUCAAGCACUAAAUGUUAACAGCGAUGGCUACUGCUAUGAGGUCGAAUGCGCAACCGCACUGCAGGGUUCUAUCCUGACGGGCAACUCGACGACGGCUACUUCACUCAAGAACUGCAUCGGUUUCUGCACAAACUAUAACGUGGCACUGCCAUUUGGAUGUGUGGGUGUAAGCUAUCUUGGUUCGUCCAGUGGGAGCGGACCCAACUGCCUUCUUCUGUCUGGCAUAACUGGGACGAUGUUCAACCCGAAUAUCGACAGUGCUCGUCUCCUUUACGCAGGAUAUCCCUCGAUCAACGAUCCAAUCUUCACGCCUACGAGUACGACAACGCAGGCUCCAGUGUCCUCGCCCUCCACGCCCUCGUCAUCCCUGGCUGCAUCGUCCUCCACCACCGCAUCUACAACGUCGUAUGUUCCUGCCACUUGCUCGGCCGCCCCGACCGAGUCAGCGUCAGCGUGUCCAGGAAAUUCUCCUGCGUGCUAUUCCUACAAUUUCCUCGGCAACAGUGCCAACUUCGAAAUAGAAUGCGCUACAGCAUUUACAGGAUCCACGGCGCAACCGCUUCUGACGUUCGAUCUGACUGACUGCAUCAACCAGUGUCAGUAUGCCAAUGCACUUCGGGCGAACAGUUGUCUUGGGGUGACGUUCAUGGUGACAGAAGUGAGCCAAGGGUCGACCAACAACUGUUUCCCUUACUCGACCCUGACCUGCGCUACUCGAGGUAACGCUACUUUCAACAGUGCCCGGAUGCUCUAUGCUGGGUAUCCGCAAAUGACUGAUUAUGAUGACCCGAGUUUCGUCUGUGGUGGCUCGGCUGUAACAACGUCUGCCACAGCCGUCGCGUCUUCAUCGAGCACGGGAACAUCGAGAGCGUCGACCACAACUAGUUCGACACGAGCGAGUAGCUCGGUUUCUACGUCUUCGACAACCGAUCUUUCUCAAGCCUCUUCCACCAGCCUCCCGCUCGCAUAUCCUCAGGAUCCCAUUUGUAACAAUAACCUCAUGUCGAAAUACGAAGGAGGGCAACUCUCGGUCAACCCAAUCCAAGGCCGUUAUUACGAUAUUGAAUGCGCGGCCGAUUAUACCAAUCCGGGCAAUAAUCCCUUUGGAGCCACGACACAGCCAACCUACAACAGCUGUGCAAAUCAAUGCGACAUAGCGGCAGGACAAAGUACUCCCUGCUUUGCUUUUUCAUGGUCAGCCAGUUCUGGCCUGUGCACCUUGUUCGGGCGGGUGAGCAACGGGGUCCAACUCACAACCAACAUGACCAACACACCGGGGAUCCAUUCUGGCCGGUGGCUUGCCACGACAGUCGGAAGCAUCACAAGUCCUCAACCUCUACAACUGUACCUCGCAAGGCCCAUUCCAUUCCCCGUGGGCCCGAUCGCGGCAAACUCGCAAACAAACCGCGACUACCCCGGCGGCACCAACACGUAUUUCAACACCUGGUCCGACACGUCGCACGCCACCGUUCUGGACCUCUCGUCCCAGUACGGGAUCCAGUGGCGGAUCUUUGACCAGGUCCAGGCCAAAUUGUGGGUCACGGCCAACUUUUGGUUCACAAACACCCCCUUGGGCGUCACCGCCGCGACACAGAACCAGUGGAGCGCCGGUUCGCGCAACAGCGACACUGCGCCCUCCGUAUUCCCCGCCGGCAACCUGCCAGGGUACACGCUGGCGCCGCUGUGGACGUACGGGCACAUCCUCGGCGCCUCCCAGCAGGGGAUAUACUACCAGGUGGACACCAUCUCGACGGGCCGGUACGGCGUCUCGAUCGAAUGGUUCUUCAGCCACUUUGGCCAGGACAACAACGUCUUCCACGCCGUGACGACCUACGACACGGGCGUCCCCGGCGUGUGGAGCACCUACUUUUUCCUCUCGGGCGCCGCGUCGGGCCAGAACGAGGACCAGGGCCUGCGGCAGUCGGUCGGCGGCCAGGGCAACCCGGACAGCUUCACCCAGUUCUUCACCUACUGCGCCGCCAGGCAGGACUGCGUCCUCCCCGGAGCCAAGAUGACCAUGGACACGACAAAGUUUGACGUCUCCCAGGUCAUGAAUUACACGGCCGCCCUGUUCAACCCGGCCACUUACGGCGUCGGCACUUGGACAUGGCAGACGAAGCCGUGCUGUUAA